AUGAAUAGCUUUGUUGAUACUCAAUGUGUAACAUAUCCUCCCUCCAACCCAGACUUAUCAUUCGACAACCGAGUCACGGCCUUUACUGAUGAUACAUUCAACAAUAUUGCACAUAAAAACUUCAUUAUGGCAUCUAUGAAUGCCAACAAAACUGAAAUUGACAUAAUCAAUGAUGCACUACUUAAGGAAAAAUGUACUCUGCUUGAGUGGUCAACUAAAAUCUUAAACUCAAAAUCUCAACCACGAGCGCAAUCAAAGCUACUAGCAAGAUUCAAAGAUAAAAACGAUGCAGAAACUUCAAAUUCUCAAUCUUUAGCCACAUGCCGAUCGUCGUCUAAGACCAGACAGGAUGUUAAGCAGACAAACAAUGACGCGGAGUAUUUAUAUACAUUAUUGCUGUCAAAAUACCAAGAAAUAAACCAACAAAGAUUAUCAUUGAUUGAUGGGAUUGAGGAAAUCAAGGGUCACCUAGAAAUCGCAAAUAGCACAAUUCACCAACUCAAAUCGGAAAUCAAGUCGCUAAAGGAGCAACAAACCUUACAUGUAGAGUCAUCUGAGAGCAAUUUGAAAAAAAAUGUGCUAUUAAAAGAGCAACUAACGGAAGCAUAUCAGAAAAUAGAUGAAUGUCAAAUCGAAAAAUGUCAAUUGGAGGAAAGGCUCAAAAGUGCAAAUGAUGAAAUAUCAAUAAUACAUACUACAAAAUUCAUGCCGUUGCCAGGCAAUGGGCAUUCUGAUAAGACAUAUCUUGAUGCCAUAAAUGAAUUACAGUCGUACCUGAGUGAACUUGAUUCUGAGAUCAAGAAAACAUUCAAUUUGGAGCACUACGCCCCUAUAGGGGAUGUUAUUAAGAUAAAUGGGCAUCCAAGCUUGUCUCAAUUGGAUGAAACCUUUGGAAAUUGUCUAACAAAGCAUGUAAAACUAAUUGCUAAUGCCAUGCAACAACAUCAGGAUGUGCUGAAUGACCAAGUGGCGCAGAGUAAAUACAAAAAGCAGUUAAAGUGUAAGGAACUUGAAGCAAAGAAGGCAUUGAACGAUGCUGAAACUGCUAAUGCAAAAUAUCAGCACCUCAAAAAGAUGUAUUAUUCUUCACUCUAUCUCGCACCAACGAAAGACAUCGGUGUUUAUAAGUAUAUGACAUCAUUGAAUGAAAUCUACUUCUGCGCUAAAUCAUUUGGGGGCAUAAAACUUAAUAGUGGCUAUGUGAUGUUAAGCACUCAGGGCCAAGUAUGUUGGGGCAAGUCAACCAAACUUAAAUCUGGGAGCUUGAAUUUGAAAGAUAUAAUCCGAAUAGACUAUGGCAAAGGCUCCGCGUUUACAGCUCUAACACACAACCCACCCCUGGAUAAGUGGAGGUGCUUUAGUAUAACCCACAAGCAAUCGGGUACUGACUACUCUACUGUAAAUUUUGUUGCAGCAAGUGAUUUUUCCGUGGCCAAUUGGGUUAUUGGUUUGACAAGUUUGUGUAGUGUUGACAACAGGAUUACAAAGGGAAGCUUCUACAGAAGCAUGGCAAUAAUGAAGAUUGAAGCCUAUGCACACAAAGUGAAAAAGAGCAUGGUGCAAAUUUGGAAGGAUGCAAUACAUAAAUCAAAGCAUUAG